UCCUCGUAUGCAUCGGCACCGCGUACGGAGAACGUCAGUGACCGGCGGGCGAAGCGCACGCCCGACAGCAGGGUUCACGGACUACCGCGGCAGCGCACAGUUUGGUUCGCGAGGAGCGCCUCGCACCGCCUACCACGAUGGAGACACAAGAGGCCAGCUUACUCGGCGGCAUGCAUACGAACGCGACUCCGUGGUUUCCACAGCGCGACUCCCGCACGGAAGGCUGGCCGCUGACCGGCAGCCCGCUGCCGGUGGCCAUGAUCACGGCCGCGUACGUCUACUUCGUCAAGGUUGGCGGACCUCGGUGGAUGUCGAGGCGCAAGCCGUACGACCUGCGCAGCUUCAUCCUCGUCUACAACCUACUGGCCGCGCUGUUCACCGCUUUCUUUGUGGCGCGCUUCGCUAAGCUCGCCUACUGGGACCGUGGCUACACGUUCCUCAUGGACCUGGACGUGAGCGACGAGCCCGCCAGCCUGGAGAUAGUGCGCCUCUCGUGGUGGCUGUACCUGUUCAAGCUGUGCGAGCUGAGCAGCACCGUGUUCUACGUCCUACGGAGAAAGUACGAACAGAUCACGACGCUCCACGUGGUGCACCACGUCAUCGUCGCCUGGAACGUCUGGAUCAACGUCACCUACGCCGCCCAGUCGCACACUAUGUUCGUAGUGUGCAUCAACGGCUUCGUGAAUGUGCUGUCGUACCUGUACUACUUCCUGGCGGCUCUCGGACCGGAGUACAAGAAGUGGCUCUGGUGGAAGAGUCAUCUCACCAAGGUGCAGAUAGUGCAGUUCGUGCUGUACUUCGUGCACGCGGUGUGCCUGCUUUUCGCCGAGGGAAACUACGUGCCCCUGUUCGUGUGGCUCGAGUUCGGACAGGCAGUGCUGUUCUUCUCGCUGUUCGUGCUCUUCUACGUGAAACUGUACACCAAGGACAAAGGGGGACUGUGCGGUCCUGUCAAAGCGGACUAGAUGGACGCUCUUGUGAAAAGGCUCCGUUGCCUUGGGAAUCGGUUUGAAGCGCGAGCCGCGACGUUUAGUGAAAAGUGCGUCAUCCGGGGCUCUCGUCUGUCAAAAAGAGGACUGCGAGAAUAAGGGGGACGAAUAAACACAGCACCGCUGGUCGGAGUUUUCUGAAUA